AUGGCCUCGGUUAGAACAUUACGCGUGUCGUGGCUGUCUAGCUCAGCCAACCGCAUCCUCGUAGGUGAUUUGCUGCUGCUUGGAGGGCGCGUCGGUGUGGGUUUUCAUGCGAGAGGCCCGCAAACAAAAGAGAACGACAUCCAGCCCCAGAUCUUCCGGCAAGAAAAGCGACACGGUCACAUACCGAGGGAAGAAAAGAUGGUUGCCGAAAUAACUGCACAGACUGUGUACGCUUUCAACGAAGCUGCACUCCAACGUGCCAUUAACGUUACGUCUCUCAGCGGAUUGAUUCCUGUGACAGACUCCUGUCCUGACGUUUCCUCAUCAAACGCCAUCGUAAGCCUCUGCUCAAGCAGCUGGAAGUGCUGGCAACUGAGUUGGAAGAAGUCGGCUCGUUGCUGCGGAUUUGUCGAGUCGGGGAACAAGAGAUCGGGUCAUCGGGAUUGA